AUGGCCGACGAAUUAUGUCUAACACUCCCUACAUCAAAGUGGAACAUUGUGUUAACCACGACUCUCGGCCUGUUGAUCUCCAUUAUCGCGUCUACAACAAACGUAUUAAUACUCACAGCUAUCUAUAAGAAUCCAUCACUUCAUACAAUCACAUAUUAUUGCCUAGCUUCCUUAGCAGUUGGUGAUUUAUUUGUCGGAAUCGUUGCUCUUCCACUUUGGAUUACAAGAUCUUUGUUAUCAAUCGCCGACGAGGAACACCCCCUUAGUGUAGCUGUAGACUGCGUUUAUGUUCUGUCUGUUGGUACAUCAACAUAUAACUUGUGUACAGUUAGCUUAGAGAGAUACGUCGGAGUUGUUUUGCCUUUGCGGUACAACGUCAUCGCAACCAGAAGACGACUUCAGUAUGCAGUAACGACCGUAUGGGUUCUUUCAAGCAGUAUCGCCUGCCUUCGUUUGGUUAUUGAUGAAAAUUCUUACUGGUUGGUGGCCAUAUCUACAUUAUUUUUUUUCCCGGGAAUAACCAUUUCUUACUGUUACGUUUGCAUUUUCAAAGAAGCGUCCCGACAGUCAAGAGCUAUUGCUCAGCAGAGGGGGUUCCCUUCACCAGUGAAUCAAAUCCACAACAGAAAGGCGUCCUUGACCAUUGCGAUAGUUAUCAGUGUGUUUUAUUUGACAGCCUUACCAGCUUUGGCCUUUUCCAUAGCUGAGCUGGUCUCACAAAAGCAAAUGUCUUGUGAACAGAAAAAAUCAUUCGAGUCUUGGGGAACUUGGGCGCUCUUUUCUGCCUUCUCGAAUGCAGCCAUUAAUCCGUGGGUUUAUGCUGCCCGGAAAAGUGAAUUUAAAGAUGCUUUAAAGGUGUUGAAGAUUUGGAACUACAUGUGUUAGGCAUAAGUUAUUAUGGUCAGUUUGUGUAAGUUAUUUUUUAAUCAUGAAGAUGGAAAGCAAAUAAAAAAGUUUUGGACUUUUCAAUUUCGUGGAAGACCACAAAAACAGCCCCGUGAGGAUAAAGAAAAAUUGAAAUACAGUGAGGCUAUGUUCCACGAAAAUGGAAACUUCGCACGGAAGCAGAAUUUUGUUUUAAUUUUUUGUUGGAAUAAACAACUCACGUAGAUUUCAACAAAAGUACUGAUGUAUAUUUUUCGGUGUCAAU